AUAUUCAUCUUUGGUGGAAGGUUGAUAUUUGGUCCUGAUGCUAGGUCACUGUUUGUCACUGUUUCACUCAUCGUUGUUCCUGUUGUUAUCUUCUGCAUAUUUGUUGCGAGACAUCUGCUCCACAGGUUUCAUCCUCACAGUGCAGGAUAUGCAGUCUUGGUGGUUGCAAUAGCCUUUACAAUCUACGUUCUGUUACUGCUACUGGUGACUUCAGCUCGAGAUCCGGGUAUUGUACCACGUGCUUCACAUCCUCCAGAAGAAGAAUUCUCUUAUGAUACUUCUGAGAUUGGUGGGAGGCAUACACCCAGUCUCCAAUUUCCCCGCAUUAAAGAAGUAAUGGUUCAUGGAAUUCCCGUGAAAGUAAAAUAUUGCGAGACCUGUAUGGUCUAUCGUCCUCCCCGUUGUUCUCACUGCUCCAUAUGCAAUAAUUGUGUGGAACGCUUUGAUCACCACUGCCCCUGGGUGGGACAAUGCAUCGGACAGCGCAAUUACCGAUACUUUUUCCUUUUUGUUUCUUCGUCAACUCUUCUCUGCAUCUAUGUGUUUGCAAUGUGUGCACUGUACAUCAAGUUCCUGAUGGAUGAGGAUCAUACUACAGUAUGGAAAGCAAUCAAAAAGUCUCCUGCAUCUGUGAUACUGAUGAUCUAUUGCUUCAUUUCCCUAUGGUUUGUUGGUGGUCUCACUGGAUUUCAUUUAUACCUCAUUGGUACUAACCAGACAACCUAUGAGAAUUUCCGAUACAGAGCAGACAGCAGGUCCAAUGUCUAUAACCGGGGUUGUCUGAAUAACUUCUUAGAAGUAUUCUGCACAAAGAUAAAACCAUCUAGAAACAAAUUUCGAGCCUAUGUACGGGAGGAAGUUGCAAGACCUCCCACAAUCAGCCGUGCUAGGGAGGUAGAAGAUGAACCAGCUGGUGGCCCACGUGCAAAAGUUGAAGAUGAUCUUGAGUUAGGUGGGGAUCUAUUGAAGAUCUCCCAGCGGCGUAAUUAUGAAGAGGUAGAUGAGGAGAUGGGUGGCAGAAACAGCAAUGGGAUCCACAGUGUUCUGUCAGAAUCUGAACUCGUGAUAGAUCCGGACACACAAGUUCCAGUUAUUAGAAGCGAGGUGAGGGACUCGAGCUUGGGUAGGACAAGCAGGAACUGGGACAUCUUACCAGAGGUUCUGGCAACCAGUUCUUCAGCCACUGAAGGCGGAUUGCCAUUACAAAAGGAUGCACGGUAGUCAAUCAUACACCUAUUUAUACUGUGAAAACCUGGGAUACUACCAGAUGCUCAUAUCCUUUAAAAGGAGGAAAAAGAAAAAAAAAUGAAGGGAAAGAAAGAUAAGGCAGGAGGGCUUCUGCACUUUGACCGGUCUUUCAGGUGUAACAAGCUUCAUUUGUUCUUGCAGUAGGGCAUGUAUGUGUUGAUGUUUAGUUCAGUUGAAGAAGUGAAAGAAUUUGAAAACCCUAGCUGGCUUUUUUUUUUCAUUUUGCUGUUUAUGUUAUACUUGGAUCUGUGGAUUUUCUGAAUUGUGGCAUAUUCUUUCUGUAAAGCACUGUCGUAGGAUGUCCGAUGUUAUCCAUAUUUUUUACCUCCUUUCUCCAAAAUUAAAGUAUAGGUGGUCUAUGGAUACCAAGAAAUUCCAUUUGUUGGUUUCUUCUUACCCUUUGACAGUGUCCUUUGCUUCAAGGAUGCAGGAUAUCUCAAAUUUGCAAGUUGCUGGUCUGUGUUGUAGAGGCCAGUUUCAUUUGUCUGAGAUAAAUGACAGAUCGCGUUGCAUCCAUGACGCUAUAAUUUUGCUUGCA